UGAAUCAGUCCGGCAGCACUAACAGCAGAGUCUCAAUUCUUUUUUGAGGUGAUUUACUAUUCACACUCGUUUCUAUGUCGAAUACACAAAUACAUUUUAACAAACAAAUAAAUAAAGGCGAUCUACGGCACUUCUAGUGGCGGAUUGGAGGCAGUGCAUCAAAGUGCGCAUUCAAGUGCCCGAAGUCUGCAGUCAAGAGUGGACAAUCCUCUACACACCCACACACAGAAGCAAGACUGCGUGUGUGUGAAGCGUGUGUGCUUCUGUGCGAGCAUAUCUCGCUCGUGUGUGUGUGGUUAGUGCGUACUGUCGUCGUAGCAGAAGAGGAAGCAGCAGAAAGGAGCAGCAGCCAGAAGACGCAAGUCGCGAUUCCCUAGUCGCGGAGUCCAGGGCAGUAGCCGUAACUGUGACAGAAGAAAAAAACCAGCGCAGCAAAAACCACAUACAACCCACACACACACUAACAUACACACAAAAAAAAAACACAGUCAAAAAUGCAACAGCAGCAUGAAUCGGGCGGCGAGGAAAGCUGGCUCGAGGAGCAGUGUCACCAUGAAAUUGACGGCCAGCAUGAUGAAUUCGAACGGGAGUAUGUGCGUCAGCGUGACAACAAUUUAGGCACCGUCUGGGGAGCAUUCCAGGAUUCGGCCACCGCUGUGGCCCAGCUCUAUCGCGAGCGCUCAUCAAACGCAUUUUCCUCAGACACAGGAGCCCUUUGGCUGCCCUUCCAGACCGCAGCUGGCACUGUGACAACACUUUACAAAGAAUCAUGUGAUGGUCUCAAGCGCACUAGCGACGCUGCUGUACAGUGCGGAUAUCAACGCCGCACACGCGAGCUAGCAGAUUGGGCACGCAGCAAAAAACGGCGCAUGAUACGUCGGGAGGAUCUAUUGGCCUAUCUAGCCGGAAAACCGAUGCCGCCAUUCAACACAAAUCCACAUGCCAAUCGUCGGUCACCAAAACCAGAGCAUCACCACGGCGGUGGCGGCGGACAUUUUUCGACCAGCGGUGGACCAGGCUCUGGCCUUGGCUUUCUCGGAUCUGGCCUGGACCUGCCCGGUGGCCCACUGACAGGAGCUUCGGGACAGCCAUCGCAUUUGUUGUCGCCAGCUGUCGUACAGGGUGGUGGUGGCGGUGCCCCGGGGGCUGGCAUCGGCGAUGAUUUGCACACCUUCAAGGAGGCUUUGGUUUUGCGCCCACGUGGGCCGGAACUAUUUGCAUUUGUUGCCAAUGAAAUAGCGCGUCACUGCAAGCGUCCCGGCAGUCCCAUCGACGAUAAAAUGGAUAUAUGCCACUAUAGCAGUAAACGACAGCGCUUCAUGUAAUCCCAUCGUCCAAUCCGCCAUUAUCUAUCCCAAAAUAACACACACCACAACCAUCCCCCGCAUCUCACCUUUUAAGUCGUGAUCAGGCAGUGUAGUAGAAUCGGCACUAUUUUUGGAUAGAAAGAAUCUUUCGAGAGAAGCAAGACAGAAGAGGACGCGUUCUGAAAGCACAGACGUCAAAUGUAAAAUGUUUGCCUAAAAUUCUUUUUGCAAUGGCCUUCGCCCCACACACUUUAACCAACUUGUGCAUGUAUGUGCAGACACUUACAUGAGUUUAAAAUAGGUUUUAGUUGCUAGUUCUAAAAAAAUACGGUCAACAUUGUCGUUUCAUGACAACGUAGCGGUGUAAUAGAGUUUUUUGAAUUUUUUUUGCACGGAUUUUCGUCGAACAGCUAUUGGAAAAUUAAUUGAUUACGAUGAAAUAUUUUUCUGGGCCAGCUGUGUGUCCAAUAUAUAUACUUAGAAUUGAGCAAAAAGAUAUUCGAGGAGGAGGAGAGCAGGUAGUCGCAGGCAGGACUGUAGUUAAUGUAUUAUACAAUACUUUUAGCGUGGAAAUGCAGCUGUGUAAAUAUCGUAGCUAGAUACAGAAGCCGAAAGUAUAGCAGGGUAAAGCAGAAGCAGAACAUUAAGAUCCCCCAAUCAGCUAUAUAUAUAUAUAGUAAUUAUGUAUCCGAAUUAAGUGAAAAUUGUAUUAGCC